CCGUGUGCAGCACGGUAAACAUGACGGUGUGGUCUGCCUCAGGUGGAGAACCUUCACCGUCAUGGACGGGCAUUUACGUUUUCUGGCCACUGUGGUGAUUUCAGUUAUCGCUACGAGUGAGGGACAAACAACGAAGACAAUGGGGAACCUCACGCUGGUCUGUCGCCCGGGUUGGACGUUUUAUGGAACCAACUGUUACCUGAAAGUAUCCUCAGCGAUGGAAUGGGAGGAAGCAAAAGAUCUCUGUGAAAGAGAAUUGGGAAUGCCUUUGGAGAUACAAGAUGAAGUUGAAAACAAAGCUUUUGCUGAAAUGGCGGCUUCAUGGAACUUGUUCUGGGUUGGAGAAAAGAUUAAUGAUUCCUGCACGGGCUACUGGGACGUUAACGAGCCCCCAGCAAGUGUGAAGGAAGGAGAUUGUGCUGCUGUGCAGAAGAACGGUCGUUGGAAGGUUGUGUCAUGCCAGAGUCGUCUCCCUUUCUUUUGCAAAUCUCCGUCCUGUUUGGAAGGUUCGUUCGACUGUGGACGUGGAAAAUGCCUGAACAGCAAGUGGAAGUGUGACGGCAUCAACGACUGUGGCAACAACAGGGACGAGAUGGACUGCAGUUCAAAGUGUACAUUUAUAAAGACCGGCGCCAGUGGCAGAAUCAACUACUUCAGCGGCUACACCAACAACUCCGACUGUAUGUGGACCAUCAUCUCACCUCCUGGAACACAGCUUGGAGUCACGUUCAGCUCAGUGCGCCUGGAAGAUAAGGUGGAUAUACUGGAAGUGAGGGUUGGGGGCCAGACGAUACUGGACACCCGGGUGUUGGAGACACUGACAGGCAGCCUCAGCAACAAGGUUAUCUUCAGCACCAACAACAUGAUGCUGCUACGUCUUACAUCCGACUCCUCCGUUACAACAUUUGGCUUCGACCUCACCUGGUCGUCAUCUAACAAUAACCUCUCGACGGACGUCCGCCCUAUGACUGCUGGGUCUUCGUGGACAGCCUUGACGUCGCCAUUCUUCCCCAGUACCCCACCUAGUGGUUUCCGACUUGAGUGGUUGGUGUUCAGCUCAGACAAUACAAUUGUCACACUCAUGGUGGAGGACGUUGACCUUGGCCCUGACUGGAAGCUGAUGGUCUACAAUGGGGAAGGGUAUGCCGACUCACUGCUGAAAGCCUCCAGACGGACGCAUCUCUCUUCUCCCGCCAUCUAUUUCUCCACCGCCCGUAAAAUUCGGAUUAUCCUGAAAGGGAAAGACACGUCUGGAGGGGGACGUGGCAUUAAGUUCAGGGUUAAGAAUGGAUGCAACGUUGAGAUACAAGCAGCUAGUGGCACAGUGACCUCUCCUGGAUUCAACAAGAAGAUAUACCCGACCUCUGUGACCUGUUCCUGGAAGAUUCAGGCGCCGAGUGAUGCGAACAGGAACCUCAUGGUCAAAUUCCUUUACCUCGUUCUGGAGACCGUUGGCAAGGAUCUAAUCGAGAUAUACAAUGGUUCCGACGCCUCGGCUGCAGCCCUUCACUCGGGCAGCGGCUACACCGGGGACCUAACGUCAUCUCUUCCCAGCGUCAACGGAGGCAACACUCUCUUCGUCAGGUUCAAGUCCAGCCUCAUCCAGGACGAGGGGGGUUUCCAGUUUGAGUUCUCAAUAGGUGAGCGUCACUGA